CGUACCUAACUCUAUUGCGGCCAUCCCUUUUUUAAACUCUUUCUUUGAACCCAAGAAACCUCCACAUUCCCUCCUCAUUCAUAACCCUAAGAGCCUCCGGCUAAAUUCCUAUCACACUAGCAACCAUUGUUUUGGCUCUCUUCUGAACAGCCCGCCAUAUCUGAACCGGCUCAGAAAAUGGCUCGAGCCGUGUUUCUUGUAUGCCUCCUCUCCAUAGUAAUGUUGGUGCCGACGAGCCUUGCACAAGGUUUAGGUGUCAACUGGGGUUCCAUGGGGUCUCACUCUUUGCCUCCGAAAAAUGUCGUUCAGAUGCUUAAGGACAACGGGAUCAAGAAAGUGAAGCUUUUCGACGCUGAGCCAGAUACCAUGGAUGCCUUGGCCGGGUCGGGUAUUCAGGUCAUGGUUGGAAUCCCCAAUGAGAAGUUGGCAAAACUUGCUGAUAGCUACAAAGAGGCUCAAGAAUGGGUGAAACAAAAUGUAACCAGCUAUCUUCAUGAUGGGGGCGUCAAUAUCAGGUAUGUGGCUGUUGGGAACGAGCCGUACUUAACAAGUUACAAUGGUACUUAUGUGAAGACUACUUACCCGGCACUGAAAAACAUUCAAAAGGCCCUUGAUGAAGCUGGCUCUGGAGGCAAAAUCAAAGCCACCGUGCCCUUCAAUGCUGAUGUCUACGAAUCUCCUUCAAACAAACCCUCGGACGGGCGUUUCCGAAAGGACAUCAAGAACAACAUUGUGGAGAUUCUCCGUAUACUUAACGACAAUAGGACCCCAUUUGUUGUCAACAUCUACCCCUUCCUCAGUCUCUACCAGAGCUCUGAUUUCCCCGAAGAAUUCGCUUUCUUUGAAGGCGGUAGCGAGCCAGUUAAGGACAACAACAUCGACUACAAAAAUGUUUUUGAUGCAAAUUGUGACACGCUGAUUUCUGCACUCAAAAAGGUUGGAUUUGGCAACAUGGAUAUCAUAAUUGGGGAAGUAGGAUGGCCUACUGAUGGUGACAAAAAUGCCAAUGGGAAAAUGGCAAAGAAGUUCUACGAUGGCCUCCUCAAGAAACUGGCAACCGAAGAUGGUACCCCUCUAAGGAAAAAGAAAUUGGAAGUGUACCUCUUUGGUCUCUUUGAUGAGAACCAGAAAAGCAUUGCCCCGGGUGACUUUGAACGUCACUGGGGCAUCUUUCGCUACGAUGGACAGCCUAAGUUCCCGAUGGACCUCAGCGGAAAAGGGCAAGGGAACAAUUUGCUUAAAGGAGUGCAAGGAGUGCAGUACUUGGACCAGCAGUGGUGCAUGCUGAAGAGCGACGUUAGAAACUUGAGCAACACGCUACCGGAAGUCAGCUACGCUUGCUCGAUGUCGGAUUGCACAAGCUUGGGGGUUGGAAGGUCGUGCGACUUGGAUCAACAUGGAAAUGUCUCUUAUGCUUUCAAUAUGUACUUUCAAAAUAAAGACCAAGAUGUUAGGGCAUGCGAUUUCAAUGGGAUGGCUAACAUUGUCAAACAAAAUGCCUCAAGGGGAGAUUGCCUGUUCCCGAUCCAAAUUUUAAAUGCCGGAGUGAGGCCCGAAUUGAGCAUCUUUGCAGGACUAUUCUUGAUCCUGACGAGCUUCUUCACCUUAAUGUAAGAGAAUUAGUACAAUCACAUAUAUGUAAUUUAUAUCCGUCCGUGUGCCAAUUGAUUUUUUUUUUUUUAAUAAAAAA